GAAGUGUGAUAUGUGUAGGGCUCAAAACCACUAAGAUACUGAGCCAUAUAAAAAAAAAAAAAAAAAAAAAAGCUUUUGUGUGAUGAGUGUCUGGAGGUGGCGAAAGAGGGGCUGAGGACCAGAGAGGACAUGGUGAACAAAGAAACAAAAACAACAGUGGCUUUUAACGGUGAUAAGGACACAGACACAGGAUAAGGACACACAGGUUGUUCACGCCCGGCAAGACGUGGAAGACAAGGCCAUGCAGACGGAGAGGGGAGAAGACUAGCAGUGAAGAUCCAGAAGGAGUCCCCAAUCAGCCGUGUUGGGAACUUUUGAGAAUGGAGUACUUAUAAUCAGUGUGGCGGGUAUGACGUAUAUAUGAAUGGCCCAGAAGACACACGGAGGUGAUGGAGGCGGUGAAAACUACUGAAGGAAAGAAUGAGUUAUCGAUCACAAGGCCUGGCCCAAAAGUAAUCCCGAGCCACUUGUAGCAUCAAAAUAAAGAUCAAGAUCACCACUAUCAAAGAAACAGACCUACCGAAGAAAGAAAGGGAAUCCGUUGCAAAGGUAUAACCCGCCUAUUACUACAAUCAUAACCAGGACAACAGACAAGAUGGCGGCUCUCAGUCAGCUGAUCAGCUUCUCCCGGGCCUCAUGCCGCCUUUCCUCCGUAACAAAAGCAUGGAGGGUGUUGCCACAGGGGUCAGCCACCACCCCGGGCAGUGUGCGCCACGUCUCGGGUCUGGUGGAGCUGCCGGAAACACACGAGAUGCUGCGAAAGACCUGCAGGGACUUUGCCGAGGCAGAGCUGCAGCCACAUGCCUCAGCGUUUGACAAGCAGGGCAGAGUGCCACAGGAGACGGUGAAAGCCAUGGGUGAGCUUGGCUUGAUGGCCCUGGCGACACCUGAGGACUAUGGAGGUACCGGGAUGGACUAUUUGGCCUAUGCUGUGGCCAUGGAGGAGAUCAGCAGAGGCUGUGCUUCUGCUGGGGUGAUCAUGAGUGCCAACAACUCCCUGUACAUUGGCCCCAUCCAGAUGUUUGGCAGUGAGAAGCAGAAGCAGGAUUUCAUCUCUCCCUUCACCGAUGGGAACCAAGUUGGGUGCUUUGCCCUUUCAGAGCCAGGUAAUGGCAGUGAUGCUGGUGCAGCAUCUACCACAGCCAAGGAGGACGGCGGCAACUACAUCCUGAAUGGCACCAAGGCCUGGAUCACCAAUGGCUUUGAGGCCAAGGCAACUGUUGUCUUUGCCACCACAGACAAGGCCAAGAAGCACAAGGGCAUCUCGGCUUUCAUCGUGCCAAAGCCCAUUGAAGGUCUGUCUCUGGGGAAGAAGGAGGACAAGCUGGGCAUCCGUGGCUCCUCAACGUGUAAUCUCAUCUUUGAAGACUGCAAGAUUCCCAAGGAGAACCUUCUCGGACAGCCUGGCAAUGGGUUCAAAAUCGCCAUGAUGACCCUAGAUGCAGGAAGGAUAGGUAUUGCUGGGCAGGCCUUGGGGAUUGCACAGGCAGCCUUUGAUUGUGCCAUUGACUAUGCUGGCAAGAGGAUAGCUUUCAAUGCCCCAAUACUCAAGAUGCAGAUAAUCCAGCAAAAGUUAGCAGACAUGGCUUUGAGGAUUGAGUCAGCCCGCCUGCUGACCUACAAAGCUGCAGCCCUCAAGGAUGCGGGGAAGCCAUUCGGCAAGCUGGCGGCCAUGGCCAAGCUGUCAGCUUCAGAAACAGCAACGUUCUGUGGCCACCAGUCCAUCCAGAUCCUGGGCGGCAUGGGCUACGUGAGCGACAUGCCGGCGGAGCGACACUACCGGGAUGCCCGCAUCACGGAGAUCUACGAGGGCACCUCAGAGAUCCAGCGCCUGGUGAUAGCUGGCAGCCUCAUCAAGGAGUACCAGUGUCUUUAACACCAGCUCACCUCUAAAAGUUUAAUUGUCUUAAAUUUUUUACAAUUUUGUAAGAUUACAAUUUUACAAUUUUGUAAGAUGAAAAGUGUUGGCAGUUCACAUUUUCUCAGUUCAUAUGGAUGCUUCUCUGUCCACUGUAUAUAGAUGUAGAUAUAAACUACAAAUACUUAAAUAUACUUAAGUAUAAUCUGGGUUUACAUAGCUAAUUAUUAUUAAUUAAUAAGUAUAAUUUUGGUAUACAUAGCUAACUAUUAUCCAUUUCAUAUCUACUGAUGCAACUUAUCAAUGCAAUUGUACUCGUGAAGAAUUUCAUACAUAGAUAGGGUGUUCCUUGGACUAGAUUAUAACAAAAGAAAUAUUUUUGUUAAAACAGUAAAUAAAAUUAAACGCACA